AUAUCGAGAAAUCUCGACUGUGAUUGGACUAGAGGAGCGAGGUUCCUGAAAGUUCUCAGAGGCACGUUCUAAAAUGUUACAGUCUCCAACUUGGAUGGGAAGAAGUAGGAGUAAAGGAGAAUCUCUCGGAAACUGGACGGCUUUACUUGGAUAAAGUAACGGACCAAGAAAGGAGACAAGCGUAGCCUAGCUCAAAGGGGCGGGGCCAUGUCUGGUGGCAACACUGCUAACAACAGCUGGACCAUCCUCAACCCUGAGGAGACUGUUACUGAAACCGUGAGGCCUCUGGAGGAAGUGACCAAGCGUCAUGAUCAAGCCGGUGGUCCGAGCAACCAGCCCCCAGAGGGUGCUGCCUCUUUAGAGGGUCCCCCAAAGUUGGAGUCCAAGGUACCAGAAGAGACAAAGGAAGAAUCCAGCACUCAUCAUCCCCCUGAUGACCCUCUUCCUUCCCGCCACGCACUCGUCCAACCACAGGCCGCGCCCGACGCCCCGGACCGGGCUGACGCCUCCGGCCACGUGACCCCCUCCCCAGAUGAGCCCUCGGGCUCACCGCCGAGCACGGAGACUCUGGGAGGGGUUGAUCUCACCUCGGAAGAAGGGAGGUUGACACAUGAGGGAACACCUUAUCUUCUACAGGUGGAGAAGGAUUUACAACAGGAAGGGGAGGAGUCAGAUCUGGCUGAAAAACACGCAGACUCCCCGUGUUCGGAUGAAGAAAAGGCCAAGGAAUCGAGGGGGCAAGGAGACCCAGAGGAGACGAAGAGGACUCUCCUGGCGUCUCUGGAGCGCAUCGGGAGAAUAGAUGAGGAAGAGGAGGAGGAAGAUGAGGAGGAGUUCCAGUUGCCACGUCGGCAGGACGAGGGCGUGUUCUCCCUGAACAAGUGCAUCCUGGGCGCCGUCAUCCUGGUCGGCCUCGGGACCGUCCUGUUCUCAGGUGUCUUCAUGGACCUGGAUGAUGAGAGUGAUCAUACCACCAGAGAGCUGAGAGAUUCCAAGGAACCGGGAAAACAGGAGUGGCUUCCUCCAGAUGUUCCUCCGUCCUCGGUAGACGCCGACAACGCCGAGCUUCUGACCAAACUCGCCAAAGGAAACCAGCAGAUUUCUGUCCUGCAAGCCCAACUUCAGGCGCAGAAAGAAGAGCUGAAAGCGGUGAAGGGUCAAGCAGCGGAGGGACAGGAGGAAAACAGCCGGUUAAAAUCAGAAAUGGCAUCCGUUCCUCUCCUUCAGAAGGAGAACGAGAGGAUGAAGAGAGAGCUGGAGACUCUGCCCACCCUUCAGAAAGAACUAGAAGCUCUCCGGUCCACUGUCACGGAGCUGAAGCGCCCAGCGCCCCCCAGGGGCCAGCCAGCAGACGGACAACAGGAGGCAUCUCCCAAACCUGGGGAUGAGCGGAGAGCAGAGAAGGAGAAACACGACAGGGGCGAGAGGAAAGAGUGGAAAGAGAGCAAAAAGUCCGAAUGGAAAGAAGGGGAGCGGAAGGAGCGCAAAGAUGGCGGAAAAACAGAGCGAAAGGAGGCAAAGGCGUAUGAUAAAGACAAGCUGAAGGAAGGGGAAGAGAAGCGUAAGAGCCACAAGGAGGAGAACCAGUGGAAGGAUAAAGACUGGAAGAAGGAGAAAGUGAGCAGAGGAGACGAGGGCAAGACUUGGAAGGAGAGAGGAGAGAAGAAGGAGCGUGUUGACAAGACUGAGAGGAAAGAGUGGAAGGAGGACAAGGAGUGGAAGGAGGACAAGGAGUGGAAGGAGGACAAGGAGUGGAAAGAGGACAAGGAGUGGAAGAAGAACAAGCACGAGAAGAAGACAAAGGAGUGGGCAGGAGGAAAAGAUGGAGAGAUUCACAAAGCGAAGGAGAAGUGGAGCGGGGCCAAGAAGGUAAAAGAUGGUUUUGAGGAACGUGGCAAGGAGAAAUGGAGUGGAGAGAAGAAGAAGGAUGGGAACUGGAUGGGCAGCGAUCAAAAAGGUGAGCGGAAACAUUACGACCAUUCCAAAAAACAAGCUCGAGAGAAGGAUGACGGGGAACAUGGGAAUCAUCAAAACGGGAAAGGCCAUCAGGACUUUAGGAAGGACAAGAAAAAAGACGAGUGGAAGAAGAAAGAGGACAGCGGGGAGUGGCGAGAUGAUACCAAACACGGAGAUGACAAGUUCACUGGGUACCACCGCCGCCACCCCCACGAGGAGCACCUGUGGGGUGAGAGGAAGACACCUCCCGACCUCCAUCAAGCAGACUACUGGAGCCAGCAGAGGAACCGCCUCCACAGGAAGCCCAAAGCCCCUCAGCACUGCCUUUCCCCGGAGGCCUGCGCUCAGGCGGAGGGCCUGCAGCCGGUCUCCUUCGCCCAGUUUGAGUCCAUCCUCCAGACGUACCUUGCCAAGGCAGAGCAGGCCGGCGUGGACUCCUCCAAAAGAGAGGAGCUCCAAAAGCUAACUGCCGAGUUCUUCCGUGACGGCAUGUUCAUGCACGAUCAGGUGAACUUCCGCAGGUUCGUCAAGGACCUAGCUGACAUCCUGGAAGACAUGGUGGAAGGAGACGAGGACAUUGAGGAGGAGGAGGGCAGCGCUCUGGAGGAGGAGAUGGAAGCGUUUGGAAGGGAAGCGCUGCAGAGGUUUUUAGCGGCAGGAGCUGAGACGCGCAAAGGGGAGUGGAAGAAGGAGAGCGGGCGAGCGAGCGGCUGAAGGAGGAAGUGAUGAAUAUCGGACCACCAUAAUGUAACGUUUGGCUGUAGAAGAUUCAUUUAGUGUCACUUGCCCACCUUUUCCAUGUACGCCGCCAAGACCUGAUCGGAUAAAGAGUCUGCAUAUCAUCCACAAUGAAGAUCCUCUGCGUCUAUUCCUGCAGCACUCGCACUGCCCAAGUCUUACUCUUGACACCAAUCAGUCUGUUUCCAUGGCGAUGUGUCAGGCAGGAGAUACUCAAGUGUUUUGUUUCUUUUUAUUAUUAUUAUUAUUAUUAUUAUUAUUAUUAUUAUUAUUAUUAAAUAAGCAGUCUGUUGGUUUCCUUUUGGAAUAUUUGUACAUACUUGCAUUAAACACUUAAAAUAUACAAGUAACUUAUUUUUUUUGCAUUUCGGCAUAACAUAGGAAGGCACAUAAAAAUGACUGUUAUAAGCUUGUUUGUUGCUUUUCGGUUAAAUAACUGCACUAAAACUUCAUUUUUCAAGUUUGUGUAUUAGGUUGACCAUCCCUACGAAGGCAUGCCUUCAUUGUUUACUUUUGCUUAUUUUCAGGCAUAAAGUGCUUCUGUUUUGUUAGAAUGUUCAUAUUGUCACUCGUGUUGUUCAAUAAAGUUUCGGCACCCGA